AUGUUCUUCAAUUGGCCGUCUUGCCAGUUUUAUCUCAAGGGUCGGCUGACGCACGUAUCUUUUCACUGCAAGGAAAGGCCCUACCGCGACGCGUAUGGCACCUGCGUCUAUAUGAGGAGAAAGAUCAUUCACGGACAAUGGCUCGACUGGGUCAAGCUGGCCCUGCACUACGAUGAACGUGGAACUCCUCUACACGGCUUCCUCAUGACAAACAAUUACUGGUGUAACGACCGCCUGGGGUGGACGGCGUGUCAAAAAGGUUGUGCUGCCGCUAUCGACUGCAUUGGCCCCAAGAAGGAAAAGAAGUGUUCAUGUUGUGGCAGUCCAAAACCCAACCCCUAUGCGAAAUAUCUAAUUGAAGGGCUGGACUUUGCUUCGCAAACGCGAACGGGACCUUUUAAACAUCACGACAUCAUGUCAGAAUUGUCACCGCUCGCGUUGUGCAGGCCGACAUGGGCUUGGUACACGCUGCGGACCCCAAAUGAUCCCCAUUAUUAUGUCUACGGCCAACUAGCUGCGGUCUCGCAGCAGCUGGCCGGUUGUCAAUUUGUUGCCCUCGGCCAACAAGGGAGCUACCCGGAAAAGUGGCCGCAGGCGCUGAAGAUAAUGCGGAAACUAAUCAACAACUGUAUAUUUUCGCAUCCGCCAGAACCCGAUAGCCGCCGUGUCGUCUUGAUCUAUGCGGAAAUUCACGACCAGCACCUGGAAGAUCAUAGGGAGCGGCUGUUGCUGCAAAAAAUGUUGCAACGCCUGGGUGACGGGUUGAAGGCUAGACCGGAGGAAAGCAGAAAUUGCCAAAUUUUUCGGAUAGACGGCGGACGGUGCAGAAUGAAAAAGCAGGUCCUCCGA